UCUCUAAUAGAAUUUUGAGGAUGUAAACAAAUCCAUUGAGCGGACUCGGACGUAAAUAUUUUCUUAACAAAACCAGUGAUGGAGUCGCCGGCAUGCCGUGUUUGUCUGCGGACUGGCGAAGACCUGCUGAACAUUUUUGAAGAGACUGUUGAAUUUGGAGUUUCCAUUGCGGGUAUGAUUUCGAAGUGCACCGGCCUUAAAGUUGAGAAGGGUGAUUGUCUGCCGGAUAGCAUUUGCCCUUCGUGCCUGCGGGAUGCCAAAAAUGCAUUUAAGGUGAAGCAAAGUUACGAGAGGAACCGCCAACUGUAUUGUCGUCCAAAGAAGGCUACGCCGAAUAUCGAGAGUCGUGUACCAAGCCUGGAUGCUUCUGACACUAAGGAAGAUGCAGUCGACGACCUGCGGGAGAAGGAGGAACCGUAUGGAGACGAGUUCCAGGGCCAAGUAAGGAACGAACCACUCAAAGAAGACUUAUUCGAGGAAGAACACGAUCCCGAAUCAGAGUGUGAGAUCGGUUCAUACGAUGACGAAGCGGAGACCAAGAUGGUGAAAGAUGAUUUCCAGGGAAAUGAAGACAAUGAUGUCGACUGUGAGCCUAGUAAUUAUGAUGAUGAAAAUAAUGGCUUUUUGUAUAAAUGCUAUUACUGUCCAAAGACGUUUACAUCGAAAUCAGCUCUCACGAUCCACUCGCGAAAACACACUGGAGAUCGACCCUUCAAGUGUACUGACUGCGGGAAAACUUUCUCCCACAAUACAUACCUUCAGCGACACUUGGUAACGCAUUCAGACAAGCCGUUUAAGUGUUCCAUCUGCGAGAAGACCUUUGCAUUUUGCUCAAUGCUUGAGAGCCAUUAUCGAAAACACUCAGGAGAACAACCUUUCAACUGUACCCGCUGCUCAAAGUCUUGUCCAAGUCUUGGACAUCUUAAGGCGCAUGUUCGAAAACACCAUUUAGAGGAACAAGAUUUUAAGUGCACUUAUUGCCCAAAGUCUUAUUCCCGGCUUAAAAAUCUUAAGUUGCACUUGCGAAAGCACACAGGAUAGACUUAUUCACAGCUUGUCCUUAGCCACAAAGUCUACAGCAAUAAAAAACAUCGGGUUUGUGCAAAAACAAAUUUUUUCUGCAAAGGACUUUCCGGCGAAUUAUCUUAAAGUAUAAAAUAAUAUAAGGAAUUUAUAAUGUGUCUUUUCCAUUUCAUUUGGAGCUUUGACAAUACAAAAUGUAAAAAAAAAAGCAAGCUGAUACGUAUUGGAAAGUCAUGAUUAAAACUAUCCCUAUACAUUUAUUAAGUUGGUCUUAUAUAGUAACCGAUUUAAUUUCAACACAAUUUUGUUCCCUACUUUUUGAGCCCAUAUCCUCCUCACCCAAGACUUUCUUAAAAUACCUUUCCAAUGAUUUCAUACUCAACUAUUUCUUAAAGAGCUGCUCAGAAAUGUAAUAGAAACAUUUUUGUUUGUUUAUUUAACAAGUCAGCAAUUAAGAAGUUUAAAAUAAUUUGCUAUUAAAAAUUAAUUACUUAACAAUGUUGGUGUUGUUUUAAUAGGAGCUCCUGUAUAAAACAAUGUUUUAUGAGCAGAAAGUGCAAAAAUAUUCAAUUGGAAACGGGCCAUAAUUGUAAACCAAUAAAAAAACUAGUAAGU